AUGGCGCAACCCCUAUACAACUUGUUGAAAAAAGACAGCCCUUGGAAAAGGGAGCUAGCAGAACAACAAUCUUUUGAUGGCCUGAAAACAUGUCUGAUGUCAGCACCACUCCUGUUACAACCAGACACUACAAAACAAUUCUAUGUGGAGUGCAACACAUUGGAUUAUGCUACAGGAGCAAUACUUUCCCAACAUAAUUCAGAAGGGAAACUAGCCCCAGUAGCUUACCUAUCAAAAUCCCUAUCUCUGGCUGAAAAGAACUAUGACAUUUUUGAUAAGGAAUUACUUGCAGUCAUCAGGGCAUUUAAAGAAUGGCACCACUUGCUAGACGGAUCUGAGUUACCAGUCCAAGUUCUUACAGAUCACAAGAAUUUGGAAUACUUUUCAACAUUGCAAUCCAUGAACAAACAGCAAAUCAGAUGGGCUAACUUCUUGGUUGACUACAAUUUCCAAAUCAUCUAUAGGCCUGGAGCACAGAAUAAGAAAGUGGAUAUCCUUUCAAGAUGCUAUGACUUAGUACCCCUCAAAGGGGGGGUAGAGAACCAAGUUCUCUUAAAACCAGAACUUAUUAUUGCAUCAAUCACCCCCAAUCAGGAAAUCAAUGACCUUAUUGGUGAAGCAAUUUACAAGGAUAGUUGUCUUCAGGAAAUUUUGCACAAGCUCCAGAACAAGGACAAGGUUGCAGAUUGGGGAUUAAAGGAAUGCUUACUAUGGUUCCAAGGGAAAAUAUUUGUGCCAAAGGAUGAAACCAUCAGGAACCUCAUAUUGGAAUCUAGACAUGAUGUGUUAUCUGCAGGACAUCCAGGACAAGCAAGGACAUUAGAGCUUGUUUCAAGGAACUACUAUUGGCCAUCUAUGAAAAAGAUUUUCAACUCCUAUGUUAGCCACUGCAAAACCUGCAUACAGUCAAAACCCACCAACCAAGUACCUGUUUCAAAAAUAGUCAAUUUCAUCCCUACACAAUCCACAGCAUCUGCCAUUGACAUUGCCAACCUAUUCAUGACAUACAUAUGGAAACUACACAGUCUACCCAAAGGUACAGUCUCCAAUAGAGGCCCCAACUUUGAUGCCAAGUUUAUAUGUCACCUAUAUAAAAGGCUAGAUAUCAAACCAUCAUUCCCAAAGCCUAUCACCUACAAACAGAUGGACAAACAGAAUGCAUACAAAGAGAGGUUGAAAUCUUUCUCUUUUGCUCUAAACAAUCUAAAACAAACUUCCACCAACAAAUCUCUGUUCCAAACACGCUAUGGGUACAAUCCAAGAUUCUCAGUUGGCCAGAAAUUGGAAGAAGUAGUUCCCAAUGCAGAUGAACAUGUGGAAUUCCUAGAGAAAGGUUAUGACAAAGUCAAAGCAGCCCUAUCCUUGUCACAGGAAAAGAUGAAACAUUUCUACAAUCAAAAACAUAGGGAAGAAGAGGAAAUCCAAGUAGGGGGCAAGGUCUGGCUGAGUCAUCAGAACAAAUCCACCAAUAGACCCUCCAUUAAACUCAGUCAUAAGAAAUUGGGCCCUUACCUAGUAGUAGAAAGAAUUGGAUCCCAUGCAUAUAAAUUGCAACUACCUCAUACCAUGCACAUACAUCCAGUGUUCCAUGUUAAUCUGCUCACUAAAUUUCAUCCAGAUCCCCAUGGAUGUGACCCUCCUCAACCAGCACCUAUUAUUACAGAAGAAGGUGAAGAGGAGUACAAAGUUGAAAAAGUCUUGGACAGCAAAUGGAAAGGACAGGGAAAGAACAGAAAACUGUGGUACUUGGUAAAAUGGAAAGGAUACAACAAAGGAAGUAACUCUUGGGAACCAGUAGACAAUGUUGUUAAUGCCAAGGAAGCAAUAGAAGAUUUCCACAAAGAACACCCUGAUGCAGUUGGAGCUUGA